CGGGGGCGGGGCCGGGGUCGGUGCGCUCCGGCUCCGCUGGCCGGAGGCCGCUCUCCUGCAGAGCUCGGAAGCCCCCAACUCUUGGUCCCGAGAUGUCAGCCAGCAAGCGGGUGGCGAAGGAGCUGGAGGACCUUCAGGCAAAGCUUCCCCCGUACCUACGGAACCUGUUCAGCCACGAUGCCGACGUCCUGGUGUGGCACACGCUCCUCCUGCCCGAGAAGCCCCCCUACAACCUCAAGGCCUUCCACCUGCGCAUCAGCUUCCCCGAGGACUAUCCGCUCAAGCCUCCCACGGUGACAUUCACAACCAAGAUCUAUCACCCCAACGUGGGCCACAAUGGAGAGGUUUGCCUGCCCAUCAUCAGCAAGGAGAACUGGAAACCUUACACCAAGACCUGCCAAGUCCUGGAGGCCCUCAGCGUGCUGGUGAACACACCAGACAUGACGCAGCCCAUCAGGUUGGAGCUCGCAGACCUGCUGAUGCAGGACCCAGAGCUGUUCCACAGGGAGGCCAGAGAGUUCACCCUCAAGUACGGAGCCGACCGGCCCUCCUAACUGGUCCUGACCUCUCUCUUCGCUGGAUCCUCUCUGCGGGAUGCUCUCUGCGGGAUGGACGGACAUUUCAGGGGGGAGGGGCUGGGCCUCCCUCUCAUUUGUUCCAUGUUUUCCUUCUUAGGUGGUUAGUCAUUAGCCUGUGUGUGUGUGUGUGUGUGUGUGUGUGUGUGUGUGUAGUGUGGACCCAUUCCCAGGCUCACCCGGCCACGGCGUGCUUUUCCUCUUCUCUCUCUCUGCCCCAGAGCCAGAGGGGUUCACGUUCAUACAGUGACAGGCCAGCGCUCCAGUGCUCUGUCGUCUCAGAGACACGGGUCACCUUCAGGACAGCUGGCAGGAAAUGAGCCCAGGAGCCACCUCGAAUCCCCCUACGGCCCAGGUAUCAGGGGGCAGAGGGGGCAUGAGGAGUAUGGAGGGGAGGGCAGGCCCUUGGAGAGAAUCAUAUUUACACUUGAAUGAUUUGUUUAUUGAGUGUUUGAAGUCAGCCAGACUGUUAAUAGGUACUUCACGUCUAGAUUUCUUGCUAAACCUUUUUUUUCCACUGAUAAAUCACACACUAAAGAAUCUAAUCUCUAUCCAGAAA